UCAUAAUUGAGUGGUCUCUGUUCGAGAGGAGAGAGUAAUAAUCCGGAAAUCGAUCUGGAGCGAGCAGUGGUCUGUAAACUCGAGCUCUGAGAGUGCUGAAGCUGUUUGGUGGAUAUCUCGAGUUAUACCAAUCCAAUUAAGGCGUGUGAGAUACCAAAAGAAAGAUCUCAAGACGAGGAAUCCGUGAAGGUCUGGUUUGCAUCAAUCGGAGUAGUGGAAGGCUUCCAAAUCGUCCGAGCAAAACACAACCUCGCAGAAACGGAUCUACUCUUCUAAAGAAACGUGUUCACAGGAAAACACCCAUUCUAGGGGCUGUUUUCGUACCAACGUUUAGGGGUUGAGCUAGCGCUUUGAAGAGGCUGUUUAACACCCAUAUUUGAGCAAGGAAUCAGUUCCAAAUCCACCUUGACCAAAGUCUUGACCAUUGGACCAAGAAGGGAUAGUUUAAAGCUCAAUUGAGUUUCAGGUAGAACUUGAAGGUUGCUACCACUGCCCGUUGCUUCGGGAAGAUCAAAGGAGGGAGACGUGGUUCGUGCUUCUUCCGUUCCUGUUUUGAAAACAUUUUAAAUAAUGCUCAUGGAUAUUAUUUUUUUUAAAUAUUUAUUUGGGGGCUUGUAUGCCCAUGUUUGCCAAGGUGUGGCAUGAACACUUGUAUUGAAUGUUUCCGCUGCUUUAAAUGAAUAUUUUACAUUAUGUUUGUUUAUGGAUGUACUAUGUGUGAACGAUAUUCCAGACGCCUUGUAUAGUAUGGAUGUGUUGGACUGCGGUUGACUAUUCGUACUGUACGGCGGGUUGUUGACGUGUCCGGUUAGGUCCGGGGCGUGACAAUUUAAUUGGUAUCAGAGCCUUAGUCCGUAAACUUCAUAAUGAAGCUUCAAAAUCCCUUUUGAAAAUGAUUUUGAAAACCAUGAGCAUAAAAGUUUUGCACUUAUAGAACUUUUGGUACUUGAGUUGCAGAGUCUCUAAUUGUUAAGAUGGUACCCUUAACAAUUGGUAUGACGGUGAUUUGAGCCAAAGGAUGUCUUUAAGUGCCUAUCCGUCACUUGACAUUGAUACGAGUCUAAUGGCUCAUUCUCAAUUUCUUUCAGAAAUGGAACGUACCGGGAAAGUUACUCGACGGAACCCGACUGGCCAGGCACCGGGAAGGUCCCAACGUGGCAGUCGGGGAGCAUCGAGGAUGUCCGGGGGACAAGGUCGUGCAGGCCACUCGCUGACCGUGAGUGACGGCCAUGUUGAGACGAUUGACGAGCAUUAUGAAUCCGAGGAGGAUUCAACUUACCGGCCGGGAACUGAGCCGGUUGAAACCCCAUAUGAUGGGGGGGGACGAUGACGUUAGCGAAGAGAGCGAUGAUAAUGACGCUCUCGAGAGGAUUGAGGAAUUGCUUCGGCAAUACCAACAAGAUCGCCAAAGGUGCCGGGCAAGGCGUGCCUCGGGAGGGGCUCCGAGAAGAGGGAGCCGUGUUAGCUCUAGGGAACAUGAGGAGUCCCGAGGAGGAAGAGGUACCGAGGUUCCCAUCAUAAGAAUCUCGAAAUACCUCAAAGAGGCGAGAGAGUUGGGAUGCAAACCAUUCGAUGGAAUGGGAGACAUCUCCGUGGCAGCCGAAUGGAUCAAAAGAUUCAAUGAAGCGGCCCUUGAUAUGCAGCUGCCACCCCAUAUGAAGAUGAGAGUGGCAACAAGAUUGCUAGAAGGAAUGGCGUCCACAUGGUGGGACGGUGUCAAGGGGAAGUAUGGUGAGGCGGUCACUUGGGAGAACUUCAGGCAAGAAUUCUUUAGCCAAUACUACUCCGACUUCGAGGUGAACUUGAAGAGGAGGGAGUACACGAAUUUGACCCAAGGAGGGGAAUGCACGGUGAAGGAACUUGAGCACAAAUUCAGAAAGCUUGCCGAGUUCAUACCGGAGUACAUUUGUGAUGAAAAUCGGAUGGUGAACCAUUUCUGGGACGCCUUGGACCUUGAUAUACGUGAGAGGGCAACACAAUUGCCUAAUAUGACGUUUAGCCAAGUGGUCGAACAAGGCUUGAAGGGGGAGAAGGAAUGGGAGGAAAGGAAGCGAAGAAAUGUCGAGGAGGCAAGGAAAAGAAAAUGGGAGAACCAUGGCACCCAGGGUUCAAACAAGAAGGGGAAUCACGGGGGAGGAGGAUCCUUCAGGGCACCCGCACCACCAUCAAGGGGGAAUCCCAACAUGGGUGGGCAAAACUCGGGGUCACAAGCCUCGACGAAGCCUAAGUGCAGGAAUUGCAAGAGAAAUCACGAGGGCAACUGUCGUGAUCCCCCACGGUGCUACCAAUGCGGAGAUACGGGGCACAUAAAGCCCAAUUGCCCUCAGCUUGGUGGGAACCGGUCAUCAGGACCAAGCAAUGCCACCACGGUGAGUAGAAACCGGGGUGGGGCACCAAAUGCAAGCACGAACCACGGCGGGGCAAGUACAAGCAACGCACCCUCCGUGAACCAAGGAAGGACUCAAGCGAGAGUGAACGCAAUGACCGAGGCCGAUGCUCGGGCUAAUCCCGACUCCGUCGCAGGUAAUACACUUAUUCUGGUCAUUUCUAGGCUUACUUUGAUCAUAUGCGUCGUUGGGAUUGAGUGCGGGCCACCCCGGGGUCAAACCGGGCAAGUUAGGCCAAAUCGGCUGGGAAACAGCCACUGCCGGCCAGGCACGGCCACAGGCACGCCGUGCGUGGCACCGUGCCUGGAAGGCAGUGUCGCCCCGAAGAAAAUUUGGCCAGGCACGGCCACAGGCACGCCGUGCGUGGCACCGUGCCUGGAAGGCAGUAUCGCCCGAAGAAAAUUUGGCCAGGCACGGCCUCAGGCACGCCGUGCCUGGCACCGUGCCUGGGAGGCAGUGGUGAGCAGGAAGAAUCCGAGGCACGCACGGCCGUGCGUGCCACCCAGGCACGCCGUGCGUAGGCCCCAGAACCCGAAAAUCGAAUUUUUUCCGCUCCGUUCUUCUACGUUUGGACCCCCGAUUGAUUCCAAACAUUAGUAUGAACCUAAUAACCUUCUAAUGAUGUGUAAAAACAUUAGAAAAGGUAUCCCACAUGGUGUAUAAAUGUAGGAACAUUAAAGAUCAAUGGUAGGUAUGCGAGGAUCCUCAUCGAUAUCGGGGCACAACGCUCAUUUGUGAGUGAGGCGUUCGCCGAGGGCCUUGACGUGCCAUUGACACCUAUGAUGCAAACGUUGCUAGUCUCCACACCGUUAGGAGACGAUGUGGAGAGAAAUCAUUACUAUCCAUCAUGUGAGGUGGAAGUGACGGGUCAACCCUUGACGUGUGAUUUCGUACCGCUGAGUAUGAUGGAGUUCGAUGCAAUCCUAGGGAUGGAUUGGCUAGAAAAGCAUCAUGCUAGGGUAGAUUGCUACACAAAGGCCUUGGGACUCGAAGGCAAUGAUGGGGAUACCCUACGCUUCGAGGGGGACCGAGGCAAAUCAAACAGCUGUAUCAUAUCCGCUGUGAGAGCGAGAAGUAUGAUGAGAAAGGGAUGCCACGCUUAUCUAGCAUACGUGGUUGACAAGACCAAGGAGGAAACGAACAUCGACGACGUGAGGGUGGUUUGUAAGUACCCGAAUGUCUUCCCAAAGGACCUGUCGGGGCUUCCACCUGAUAGGGAGAUUGAAUUUGUGAUCGAGGUCGAGCCCGGCACCAAACCAAUCUCCAUACCGCCAUACCGUAUGGCACCCGCUGAACUUAACGAGUUGAAAACCCAAUUGCAAGAGCUUUUGGAUAAUGGCUUCAUUAGACCAAGCCACUCCCCGUGGGGAGCACCGAUUCUUUUUGUGAAAAAGAAAGAUGGGACACUUCGAAUGUGCAUUGACUAUCGUCAACUGAACAAGGUCACAAUCAAGAAUAGGUAUCCUUUGCCUAGGAUCGAUGACUUGUUUGAUCAACUACGAGGAGCAACUGUGUUUUCAAAGAUUGACUUGAGGUCAGGGUACCAUCAAUCGAGGGUUAAGGAAGAUGACAUACCAAAGAGUGCUUUCCGCACAAGGUAUGGGCAUUUUGAGUUCCUUGUUAUGUCGUUUGGGUUAACAAACGCCCCAGCAGCAUUCAUGGACUUGAUGAACCGAGUAUUCCAUAAAUACUUGGAUCGAUUCGUGAUUGUGUUCAUAGAUGACAUUUUGAUUUACUCAAAGAGUAAGGAAGAGCAUGAAGAGCACUUGAUACUCGUUCUCUCGUUCUUGAGACGCUACGGGAGAAGCAACUUUAUGCCAAAUUUUCUAAAUGUGAAUUUUGGCUAAAGGAAAUUGGCUUUCUCGGGCAUGUGGUUUCGGGAUCGGGAAUUGCUGUUGAUAAUAAGAAGAUAGGGGCCAUUACCGAAUGGGAGAGACCAAAGAACGUCAAGGAAAUUCGUGGUUUCCUUGGGUUAGCAGGCUACUACAGGAAGUUCGUGUAGAAAUUCUCCGUUUUGGCAUCACCAUUGACAAAGCUCACUCGUAAAGGAGCUAAGUUUGUAUGGGAUGACAAAUGUGAGAAAGGGUUCAUUGAACUAAAGAAGAGAUUGAUCGAGGCACCGGUACUUGCAUUACCCAAACAGGGUAUGGGGUACGAUGUCUAUAGUGACGCGAACAUCCAAGGGCUUGGAUGGGUGUUGAUGCAGGAGGGGAGGGUAAAUGCCUAUGCUUCACGAGAGUUGAAGAAGCAUGAGGUGGAUUACCCUACCCAUGAUCUAGAGCUGGGAGCAGUGGUGUUUGCACUGAAAAUUUGGAGACAUUGUCUCUACGGAGAGACAUGUCACAUAUAUACUGAUCAUAAGAGCUUGAAGUACGUGUUUACUCAAAAAGAGUUAAAACAUGAGACAGAGAGGGUGGAUGGAGUUGAUAAAGGACUACCAUCUAGUUAUUGAGUACCAUCCAGGUAAGGCAAACGUUGUAGCAGAUGCCCUCAGUCGGAAGAGUUGUCUGGGGCAUUGUCGACUAGUUUGAGGGCAUUGAGGGGAACUACGCUGUGCAACCAAUCAAGGUCACCGAUAGAAAGGUGAAGAAACUGAGGAGCAAAAAGGUCCCAAUGGUUAAAGUACUUUGGAAGAGCGAUCAGGUCGAAGAAGAGACAUGGGAAACAGAGGCUUUGAUGAGAAAGCAGUAUGCUUUCCUAUUCGAGUAGAGCUGUGAAUUUCGGGGACGAAAUUCCUGUUAAGGGGGGGUGAACUUGUGACACCGCACCCGAACGUCCUUGAAAAUUUGAUUUUAAAAUUCAAAGUUUAUGUAUUGGAUUUCUGAUUCCCAAACGAUUGUAAAACGAUUAAUGUUUUACGUAAUUAAUGGUCGAUUAUUGUACUGUUCGAACUCGUAUAUAAGUAUCGGGCCUGAUUAAUAAAUAAAAGAGCCUAAAAUUAUCUAAAUAGUGAUACAUAACGUUUCAAGACAAGUUGAGGAAGGGCGGGCGGCCCAGAUAUUAUUUUGGGCUCAACCCGCUAAAAUAGCAAGUAUUCGAGAAUGGCGUCGUAGGCCCACUCGGGGGCGACCCACACGGCUUGUAGCCCAAUAAUAUGAAUGACAAAUGUCAAAAUAAGUGAUAGGAUGAUUUGAGAUGAAUACAAAUGCCUAUGAUCCCAUCUUUGACAUUAUUGAGCUAAAUAAUGGGAGUAGGAUUUUCCUUCUAUAAUGUCCAUCAAGUAAAUUAUUGAGAUGAGCCUACACAUAUUGGAGAUCAAUAAUGUGAUGUAGGAAGUUGACUUGUUCUAAAUAAAUUAGGAUGAGUACAAAAAGACAUCUUUGACAAAAGAUAAAACAAUAGAACCCAUCUUCCCAUUUUUGGAAGUAUUGAUAGAUAUUUUGGACCCCAAAAUAAUUGGGAUCAAUGGGGAACCACUCCACAUGAUAUUAGUAACUGCAAGACAAAUCAAAAUGGGUGAGAAGACUUACCUUGGCCGACCACCAUGGAGAGGAGCUGUACAAGACUUGAUAGGAAUCAAAUGUUGGGCCACCAUCUCCAUUUUUCGCACAAAAUGGUGUGCUGUUUGUCUCCACUCAUUAUGGGAGUUAUACUCGACCAAACAACGUGUAUAAGGUGUCCUUGGAUAGCCUUUGAAGUCUAUUUUCAUAAUUGAGUGGUCUCUGUUCGAGAGGAGAGAGUAAUAAUCCGGAAAUCGAUCUGGAGCGAGCAGUGGUCUGUAAACUCGAGCUCUGAGAGUGCUGAAGCUGUUUGGUGGAUAUCUCGAGUUAUACCAAUCCAAUUAAGGCGUGUGAGAUACCAAAAGAAAGAUCUCAAGACGAGGAAUCCGUGAAGGUCUGGUUUGCAUCAAUCGGAGUAGUGGAAGGCUUCCAAAUCGUCCGAGCAAAACACAACCUCGCAGAAACGGAUCUACUCUUCUAAAGAAACGUGUUCACAGGAAAACACCCAUUCUAGGGGCUGUUUUCGUACCAACGUUUAGGGGUUGAGCUAGCGCUUUGAAGAGGCUGUUUAACACCCAUAUUUGAGCAAGGAAUCAGUUCCAAAUCCACCUUGACCAAAGUCUUGACCAUUGGACCAAGAAGGGAUAGUUUAAAGCUCAAUUGAGUUUCAGGUAGAACUUGAAGGUUGCUACCACUGCCCGUUGCUUCGGGAAUAUCAAAGGAGGGAGACGUGGUUCGUGCUUCUUCCGUUCCUGUUUUGAAAACAUUUUAAAUAAUGCUCAUGGAUAUUAUUUUUUUUAAAUAUUUAUUUGGGGGCUUGUAUGCCCAUGUUUGCCAAGGUGUGGCAUGAACACUUGUAUUGAAUGUUUCCGCUGCUUUAAAUGAAUAUUUUACAUUAUGUUUGUUUAUGGAUGUACUAUGUGUGAACGAUAUUCC